CACAGCAUGGAGGUGUUCACCCACUAUGACAUUCUGAGUACAAACGGCACCAAGGUUGCAGAAGGGCACAAGGCCAGCUUCUGUUUGGAGGAUACCGACUGCCAAGAAGGAGGACAGAAGGUGUACGAGUGUGCCAACUUUGGUGAGCAAGGCAUCACGGUGAACUGCCACGACACCUACCGGCACGACAUCGACUGCCAGUGGGUGGAUGUCACCGACCUCAAGCCUGGAAACUACAUUUUCCAGGUUGUUCUUAACCCCAACUACGAAGUGGCCGAGACGGACUUCACCAACAAUGCAAUGAAGUGCAACUGCAAGUAUGACGGACACAGGAUAUGGAUGUACAACUGUCAUGUCGGUGACGCUUUCAGCGACGAAGUGGAGAAGAUCUUUGAGAAUUACCCGGGCCAGUUGAACAACCUCAUUAGCUCAUUUUAA